GCCGCCGCCGAUGUUGAAUGCCGAAGAAGAACGUGCCACAGCCCACGAAUCCCUUGAAGAGCUUCAACUGGUCCAAGCUGCCAGAUGCCAAGCUGCAGGGCACCGUCUGGAGCGAACUGGACGAGAGCAAGCUGUACAACAACAUGGAACUGGAGUCGAUAGACAAACUGUUUUCGGCCUACCAAAAGAAUGGAGUGCCAGCACACGAUGGCUCCUACGAGGAUCUAGCACCCACUGGACAGAAGAACAAACAGAAGGUGCUCUCCAUGAUCGAUGGACGACGAGCCCAAACCUGCACGAUUCUCUUGAGCAAACUGAAGAUGAGCGAUGUGGAAAUAUCCAAGUAG